UGUUCCCGAAGUCCCUGGUUGAAAUAAAUAGCGAGGUACAGCGACUAACUGAAAAGUUCUGCGUACAUAUAUACAAGAUUGAAAAUGGGAAAGAAGAAAACAGCAUUGGAAGGGAAACAGCCAACUAUAGAACAAGAGAGUGUUGAUGAGGAGAUAUAUGAAGUGGAAAAAGUAGUGGGCAAGCGUAUACAUCAGGGAAAGGUUGAAUACCUUCUUAAAUGGAAGGGAUAUUCUUCCAACGAUAAUACCUGGGAACCCGAGGACAGUUUAGACUGCUCAGAGUUACUUCAAGAAUACGAAAAGAAUAAGGAAAGACAUGAGGCUAGGCUUGAGGCUACAGUAAAAAAGGAGAAAAAAGAGAAAAGAAAAGAACCCAGUGAAAUUAAGGCUGAGGGUAAAACCAAGAGGCGAAAACUUGCAGAAACAGUUGGUGGUAAGAAGGAAAAAUCUUACCAGCAAGCAAAUGAGUCGAAUGAUGUCACUGAAGAGGAGCCUGGAAAAGAAGAUGAUGUAGAUCCCCUUGCUGAAGGGUGGGAAGCUUCUGAUAUUCUUGGAGCCACAGAUGUGGAAGGGAAGGUUCAUUUCCUUAUAAAAUGGAAAGACACUGAUAGAGCAGAUUUGAUACCAUCCACUAUUGCAAAUAAAAGAUGGCCACAGAUAGUUAUUAAGUUUUAUGAAGACAGGGUAACAUGGACCCAAACAAAUGAUAAGGAGGAAAAUGGAGACAGCUGAGGGAGUUUUUACCCAUCAUCUUUUUAUUUGGCAGCUUGAUGUUUGUAAAAACUAUCUGAAAUCAGUUGCUGUAUAGGCUUAUCACUGUUCUACCUAAUCUGCAACAAGACUAUACAAAUUGCGUGGAAAGGUUUUUACGUCAAGUCAGAAGGACACAUGGGCACAAGUUUGUUUGCUUUGAUGUUCUCAGCAUCUGUUUUGUUUAUUUUUGGAUACUUUUUAACAACAACACAACAAUAGCUAGUUCAGGGUUUAUGAUGUCAAUGAUACCUUUGAAAGUUAAGGAAUUCUACAUUAUAAUUUUCCAGGCCUUGAAAGUUGUGGUGUGUGCCAUCUUUAUCCCUGAAAAUGACUGGAAAUAAUAUAUUUAAGAAUGACAAGGAAAAAAAAUACCUUUAUUUCCUAAUUGAUUCUAUAUUAUUUUUGAGCCAUUUCUCAAUCUUAUGUCAAUGAUAACAGCAAAGAGGACCAGGAAAGGGUCAAAGAAAAGCAGGGCAUUUUAUGAUUUUAAAAGAAAUACAACCUUGUACAAUAGAUCCUGUUUUUGAGAUUAAGGAAUAUAAAUGUAGCUUCGGAUGGCAAGUGAUGAUAAUAGGACUGAGUGGAGUUCAAUUAAGUCUGUUACUGUACAAGUGAGUAGUGAAAUUGGACAAGCAGGAAGUGAGAAUCCAACUUGUUAUUAGAGUAUUAUUAAAGACAAUUGGAUGAAACAAAGUCCUGUUACCAAUUAAUCAAAACUAUGGCAAAAUUUUAGACUCAAAUUAAUUUUUAAUGUUAUACAUUUUCAUGCAAAAAAACAACAGUUAACCUGGCGAAAUGCGAGACAACAGAGCAUGCAUGUUGUUCAUUUGUACAGCCAUUACACGCACACUGUCCAAUUACAUAGACAUGAUGCAUACAUUGUCCAAUUUCAAGCAUGACUCGUUCACUGUCCUAUUGGUGCUCAAAUCUGGCUGGUGAUAACUAAUCAUGGUAAAUAAUUUUGUUCUAGUUUUGAUUAUGUUAGAAAUAACUACCAUUUAUUCUACUUGUUUUAACUCAAGGGAUUGUGUGUACUUUGUAAGUAAAGACUUGUUUAUUUUAUGAGCCUAUGUUAUGCGCAAUGUAGAAAUAAAACAAGAAAUAACAUGUUAACCCUUAAACUCCAAGAAGUGAUUAACAUGUACCUCCCCUCCAAAAAUCCAUACAUUAUCCAACAAACAGUAAUUAAUGAGAAUACUCAAACUGAUCAGGUAGAAGUUGUUGUCUUGAUCCAACCCUAAAGUCUUGUAUCUAAUUUACAGGGAAUUUGUAACAUCUAGAGGGUACAAUUCACUAACAAAUCUUAGGAGUUAACCAUUUAACUCCCACAUCAAAUUUGUAAGUCUCCCUGUCAACCAUACAAUUAUAAUAUUAGUUCAGUUUGGAUCAAUUAGUUAUCCCCAAAUUGAUGUUUUUCUUUAUUCUCAUUACCUAUCUGGUUGAUGUUGUAUAAAUAUUUUAAGGAAAAAUUCUGUCUUGGUCACUCAUGGUAGUUAACCCUUUAACAUCCAUAAGGGGUUAAAAUCUUUUACAGUGACAUGGUUUUGCAAUCCAGUCAUUUGUAAGCUUUUCUUUUUAAGACCCAUUUGAAAAACCAUCAUCUUAGACUUGAAAAUAUCCAGGUAACGAUCCAAGGAAAAGCCAAAUUCUUGCCAGCAAGAUGAUGGAAAUUUUGUUGGAUCAAUAUCAGUAUCUGUGCAACUGCCCACCUACCCCUCCCCUAACUUAACAACAGUCAAUUGACAACAACUUAAGGUUGAUGUUGGAUUAGGGGAGGGGUAGGUGGGCAGUUCAGAUACUGAUAUUGAUCCAUUUUGUUAAUGAAGAGGGAACAGCUUACAAAGUAGAUGAGGCUGGCUUUUCUUGCCAUAGUUACACAUGACAUGACUCAUCUAACAUCCUAGCACUUUAGGCAACAUUAAUUUGUUAAUGUCAUUUUGCUAGUUCUAAUAAAUUAAAUUGUGUUCCUUUUU